AUGGCCGACGACGCAGACGGAACUAGCCAUGUGGCGGAGCCCUUGGACCUUGUGCGUCUGCUCCUCAACGAAGUCGUGUUUGUGAAGCUUCGAGGCGACAGAGAGCUCAAGGGCAAGCUUCAUGCUUACGAUAGCCAUUGCAACCUGGUGCUGGGCGAAGUGGAGGAGACCAUAUAUGGCGUUGAUGAGGAGGAUGAUGAGGAAGAAGCCAAGACCAUUAGUCGCAAGUCUGAGAUGCUCUUCGUUCGAGGUGACAGCGUUGUCCUCAUCUCCCCUCAUGUUCCGUUUUGA